AGACUCCAAUGAGAGUUACAAACUACGGAGGCCACCAUUGGACCUUUUUCCCGUCCUUCUGAUGGGGGAGGGACGCUUUAUGUUUUGUUUUUUUCAUAUUCCCCUGUUGCCUCUGUACGGAAGCCGAGCGGGGACCGGCUGGAUUCGCAGCGGCCGCGGGUCUCCACCCGAGAGUAUGGCGGCUGGAACGCGCUCCGGGUCGCGGUAAAGGGGGCGAGAGAGAAGCGGAGACAUGCCGGAGAUGGUGAAGAAAAAGAAACAGACGCAAGUUCGAUAAUUAGGCGUCGCUGCAGUUUUAGUUUGUGCUGCUUUCCUCCAAAGCUUGAGAAUCUCUGCGUCCUCUAUGGAGCAAAGUUGUUUCUAUUUUUUUUCCUGCGAAAGGCUGAAAUAAUCAGAUGAAAACCUCGAACUAUCCACGUUAUCGGCCGAUAUUUUCAUCCGCUGUGCGCGUUUGUUUUUUCAGCGGACAUCUGCAGUCCGCGGAUGCCAGCGCCUGGCCUGUCUGCGAUGGGGAACAAUCUCCACAAUGAGACCUUCCGAGUCUUUGUGCUCCGCUUUAGUUGAGCAAUGACAGCACUAUUGACGAGUCUGAUCCAAAUGGUGAGCGCAGCAGAUUGCUAACCCGCAGCAGCUGAUUAGAAAGCCGCGAUGCGUGAGUAUAAAGUGGUGGUCCUGGGCAGCGGUGGGGUCGGGAAAUCAGCCCUCACUGUGCAGUUCGUUACCGGGACGUUCAUUGAAAAGUAUGACCCCACCAUAGAGGAUUUCUACCGCAAGGAGAUCGAGGUGGACUCCUCUCCGUCGGUGCUGGAGAUCCUGGACACCGCCGGUACCGAACAGUUCGCCUCCAUGCGGGAUCUGUACAUCAAAAACGGACAGGGGUUCAUUCUGGUUUACAGCUUGGUCAACCAGCAGAGCUUCCAGGACAUCAAGCCCAUGAGGGACCAGAUCAUUAGAGUUAAAAGGUAUGAGAAGGUCCCUGUGAUCCUGGUGGGGAACAAAGUGGACCUUGAAAGCGAGAGGGAGGUAUCUUCGGGUGAGGGCCAGGCCCUGGCCGAGGAGUGGGGCUGCCCGUUCAUGGAAACCUCGGCCAAAAGCAAAACCAUGGUAGACGAACUGUUCGCUGAAAUUGUUCGACAGAUGGACUAUGCCGCCCAGCCAGACAAGGAUGACCCCUGCUGUUCCUCGUGCAAUAUACAAUAACCCCCUUGGGGUCCCCUGAGUUGCAGGAGACAGAGACGCUCUUAGACACACACACAUGCACAGACAUGCCAGCUACAUUUAGGACAAAUUCAUGAACGUAAUUAAUAUCAGUUCAGUGGAGCAUUAAAACCCUUAGACAAGAUAACUAAUGAUGACAAGUGAGUAAUGCUUACACGUUGAAUGAAAAAACAAAGAUUAUGCUGCAAGAGAGUUUGACUAAUGACAAAAUAGAACACACCCUCAUCUUAUGUUAUGUUAUUUUAUUUUUGUUAGUACAGAGGAGUUUAACUUUGCAAUCUUAAGGCAGACAUCCUUUUUUUUCUUAUGACUUUAAUCCACAUUAAUCCAAUAAAGAUUUUUUUGGGAACCAGGCAUUUCAGAUAUUUACAGUAUUAGAGUCGCUGAUGCAACAUCUGUCCCUCAUUUCAGUUUGUCUAUUAGGCUUCAGGAGCUUUUUCUACUCAUCACAGGGCUGAAAUACAGAGGUGACCUGAAGGCACCUCCAUUUGGUUGUAUUUUUUCAGCUGAUCAAAACAGUAAUGGAGGGGAAAAUGGGUAAGUGGGUGUCUUUCUUACAAACAGCGGUGCAGUCAUCCACCUCCUCACAUAGCAGUCCUUCACAUAUCAUGUGAUGUUUUCUUUUCUCCUCUCUUGGAGACUAACAGCAGAUUGCUGUGUAGUAGUAUAGCUAAAUGCUUCAUACUGAUGGGACGUAGAGUAUUUUUCAUUCUUUGAAAUUCCACCAAAGACUAUCUCCACAAACUUCUGUCAAGUGUGAGUGAUGCUCAAGGUGAAGAUGCAAACUUCUCUUUCCCUCCUCCGUUAUCAGUGUGAAGAGAAGCUCUGGGGAGUUCUGGCUUCCUUGCGCUUCUCUUUUCGUGCUGAGGGGAUUCAGAUUCAUGUCAACCAGUAGUUUGAAUAUUUUAUAUUGAAAGUGCCAGCUCAUUCAAAGACACUGACUCAACACAUGGAUGGUUUGCAUGGCUAGAAAACAAAAUAAGAAAAGGACUGUUUCUGUUUGAGAUAGUUAGAUCCUGUAGAAAUGUGCAAAUCAAACACAUCUGAGUCUGGACGCUGUUCAGACUCUACCUUUAUGUUUGAACAGGGAACAUUCCUGCCAUGAGGCCACGUACAUUGUUGAUUUUCUAUUUUUUUAUGUGACCAUUUACUCUCUGCCCCUUAAUGAUUGGUGACACUGUUACAUUUGACAACUGAACAAU